AUGAUUGUCAUUCCAAACACCUGGUUUGACGAAAAGGUCCAAGAUGAGGUAGCGACCACAGAGCAGACUACCGCGCUUAAGGCUUACCUCGAGGAUGAUAUAGAAGCCGAGGAAGCGGGAAUGCUUAUCACUGCAGACGUGCACCAGGAAACCCUUGCUGACACAACCUCGGCCGAGGAAAUAAACGAGGAGCUAUGCAAGCUCUGGGGGUUUAUCAUUGACGUCAUCGUGGACUGGCCUUCGGAGCACAUCAAGAUUGCCAAUCUUUUGGAUACCAUCAGCAAGCUUCCACAUGUCGACCGCACGGGAAGAGACAGCCUGGAAGUUUUCAUGGACGGAACCGGGACGGUCCGGGCCUCUGAGCUGUGGCAGGAUCUCCCUAGAUUCUGGAACUCGUUUAGCGAUUACUGGCAUUCGUCAGCUGGUUGGCCAUAUAGUCGACCUGAAUCUAGCGCGGAAAAAGCGGCUAACUCUCAAUGGACUAACAUCAACUCAUUUGCCGCGAUAGUCUUCAUGGGCGGCCCGUUUGCGGACAUGCCGCUUUUAGGAGACUGGGGCUGCUAUGUGAUUAAGAAGGCGUCGAGGUCGGAUUACGAGCCUGUAGAAGUGCAUAUUCCCUCGGCGGCUGUGUGGAUGCGGUUUGCCGGCAAGGAACUGUAUCACUUUUACUUGACGCGGUAUGAGGGACCUUUGAUGCGGGAGAGGUGGGAGGGCUGGAGGAAGGAGUUUAAGAAGAUAUGUAGGAAUGAUACGGUAGAUGCUGAUAUUAGAGAGAAUGCGGCCGAAUUAGCAGCGUUGAUGGGGAUGUCUUUAUGA